AUUAGCCACGAAGCGUGCGAUCCGGCACAUUGCAGUGCUACCGCUGGUCGGGAGAAGAGAUUUCGCCGAUAGGUUUGGCGUUUGAAGUGAACACGUGUGCGUGUGUGUGCACGUUGCAGUGGUGUGUCCGUGUGCCCGUGUUUUCGACGGUGUGUGCAAAUCAGAUCAGAGUGCUCCCUUCCGACUUCGCUAAUCAAACCGACCCGUCAUGGCAACAACCGUGUUCAACGGCUACUCAAUAAUUCAAAGCAGUAGACGUCAGCCUGAAAUGGAUAGCAAAGCGAAGCAGGCGAAGGAAAAACCGUCCACAGCACCACGGCAUCGCACAGUAGGUAAUGAGCUGCAGAGCGUGAAACAACAACAGUCCCAGCGACAGCAGGAGCCUUCCCGUGUGCCGGACCGCGCCGAAGCAAACGAAGUGCCGACACAGACGACGCAACCAGGAGCCAUCGGUGACACCAGCAACCGGACGAUAGCAGCAGCAGGACUGACCGCAGCAACCAACAACACUACCAGCAGCAACACCAUGAGCGCAUCGUUCAACCGUGACCGUCUUGGGCAGUGGCCCGCUGAAUCCGACGGCGAAAUUGCAGGUUCAAUUGCUGGCUUCGAUCGACUCCGGAAUGGAAAGUUCAAUAAGGGUCUGUCCUUCAGCAUCGAGGAGCGACAGGUGCUGGGCAUCCACGGACUGAUGCCGGCGGUCGUCCGCACGGAGGAGGACCAGGUGAAGCACUCGAUGGAGCUGCUGAAGCACUAUAACGAUCCGCUUAACAAGUACAUCUACCUGAUGGGUCUGCUGGAUCGAAAUGAGCGUCUGUUCUACCGCGUGUUGGCGUCUAACAUCGGCGAAAUGAUGCCGCUCGUGUACACACCAACGGUUGGGCUCGCGUGCCAGAAGUACAGCCUGAUUUUCCAGCAACCGAAGGGCAUGUACAUCACGAUCAACGACAAGGGGCACGUGUACGAGGUGUUAAAAAAUUGGCCAGAAAGCGACGUGCGCGCGAUCGUGGUAACGGAUGGUGAGCGCAUACUUGGGCUCGGAGAUCUCGGCGCGAACGGAAUGGGUAUACCGGUGGGCAAGUUGGCCCUCUACACGGCACUCGCCGGGAUCAAGCCGAGCCAGUGCCUGCCGGUGACGCUGGACGUCGGUACCAACACGCAGAGCAUCUUGGACGAUCCGCUGUACGUGGGGCUGCGGCACCGUCGUGUCACCGGCUCGGCGUACGAUGAAUUCGUACAGGAGUUUAUGGAGGCGGCCGUACGUCGGUUCGGUCGCAACUGUCUGAUCCAGUUCGAGGACUUUGCCAACUCGAACGCGUUUCGAUUUCUGGACCAGUAUCGAAACGAUUACUGUACGUUCAACGACGACAUCCAGGGUACGGCGUCGGUAGCAGUAGCUGGACUGCUUGCCUCAUUGCGAAUCACUCGCACGAAGCUGGCAGAGAACCGUGUACUGUUCCAAGGUGCAGGUGAGGCUGCGCUAGGCAUUGCCGAACUAUGCGUGAUGGCGAUGAAGCGUGACGGAUUGAGUGAGGAAGAGGCCCGCCAACGUAUCUGGCUUGUCGACAGUAAAGGACUGAUUGUGAAGGACCGUCCUGCCGGUGGAAUUAGUGGCCACAAGCAUCACUUUGCGCACGAGCACGCACCAGUCGAUACGCUGGUGGAAGCCGUCAGAGAGCUGAAGCCAACCAUCCUGAUCGGUGCAGCUGCCAUUGCUGGUGCGUUCACGCCGGAAGUGUUGCGCACGAUGGCGUCCAACAACGAACGGCCCGUUAUUUUCGCCCUCUCGAAUCCAACCAGCAAAGCCGAAUGUACCGCGGAACAGGCGUACGAACACACGGACGGACGGGCCGUAUUUGCGUCCGGCUCUCCGUUUGCUCCGGUUACGUUCGGCGACAAGACGUUCUACCCGGGCCAGGGCAACAAUUCGUAUAUCUUCCCAGGUGUAGCGCUUGGAGUGCUGUGUGCCGGUGCGUCCACCAUUCCGGAGGAGAUAUUCCUGUUGUCCGCGCAGCGGUUGGCCGAAAUCGUCACAGACGAAGAUCUGGCUCGGGGCAGUCUGUAUCCGCCGCUGGAAAACAUCAAGGACUGCUCGAUCAAGAUCGCCACACACAUCAUGGAUUAUGCGUACGCAGAAGGAUUGGCCUGCACGAAACCGGAACCGGAAGACAAGGAGGCGUUCGUGCGCGCCCAGAUGUAUGACGCGAGCUACAAAUCAGCCGUCCCGUCAGUGUACACAUGGCCGAAGUUGUAAGGACCUUGAACCCUGCCGUGUCUGCGUGUUUUUGUUUUGUUUGUUGUCAUGAUUUCCUCCUUGUGGUGUUACUCUAUGGGCCUCUCUUGUGGCGGUGUUAGGACUCUGGAUUGUUAUAAUUGUUUUUAAACUUUUUUUGUAUGUCUUGGUGGUUUUUGUUUAAUAACCGUAGAAUUUACUUUCACCUUUGAACGGCAAGCAGUUUUCUGUGUAUAACACAUCAGCACUUGUUGACUUCAGAAGUGAAGAAAAACAACACAUAUUCACACACAUCCGCAAGCAAAGCUGUUCACUCAAAAAGCAAAACAAAAAUUAAAUAAAUUAAGCACUAUUGAUGUUGUAGUGAGAUUAAGGUUGGUUAAAAAGAUUUCACGGCCUUCACAGAAUCAUAAAUUGUCUUCGUGGAACUAUGUUCUCUGCUCUCGUUCCAUAUAAAACAAAAUGCGGAAAAGUAAGAAAAACAAAACAAAAAUAAUUAAUGUCCAAACUUACAACACCAUUUCAUCAACUCUCCCUCUCCAGUGUCCAUUCCUUUAAUCCCCAUUUCCCCACUAUCACACAUUUAUAUACAAAAUAUAUCUCGUACAUGUUUAUCGAAGUGAAAGUGAUAAUAAAAUGUGUAAACUAUAUGGCUAA